CUAGUCGGACUAGACCCCUAGGUACAGUAGAACUUAGCCGUAGGGGGUGGUCGUUGUCAAAACUGUAGUCGUAGUACAAAAUACAUAGUGCGAAAUAGUUACAAUGGUGGUAGUGUUCAGAGGUGUGUGAUGCCGGAUUUGUCGUACCUGCAUUGCCAAUACCAUACACCGCGCAAGUUUAACCACCAGCACGGGUACAUAUCACUCACACAUCCCUAUACAUAUACAUACACUCGUACAAAACGUGAGCAGAGGGUUGGCAAGCUUGUUACCGACUGUCAGAGGAGCCAAGGCACACUAGCAGUCAGAUUCGAACGAGCAUGAAGAAAACACGCGUCUAUUUUGACGCGAUCCACGAUGACACUUGUGUUACCACUGACCUUGCUCCGUAUCAUUCAUCAACAACAAUUAAUAACAACUUUAUUGAUUCUCAGAGAAGAGAAACAAAGCUAGAUAAUUCGAGACCGUUUUUUAAUCAACAUUCUAACUCGUCUUGUUUUUAUUUAAAUGAGUAUCAUCCUAAUUGUAAAAUGCGCGUUUACAGUAAUAAAAAAUACAAUCAGUUAUUUAAUUACUUCAAUUUAAUAACGAUUUUUGGUUUGGUGGUUUUUGGUUUCCAAACAGUAAAUGCUAAGCCAGAGGUAUUCACAAAUGCAUUUUUGGUAAAGAUGAAACAACCUCUUGUUAGACAUCUAGCUGAUCAAGUUGCUCAGCGAAAUGGAUUUGUUAAUUUUGGUCCGGUCUUGGGAAGCCAGACGGAAUAUCAUUUUGUUCAUACUGCUCUGCCACAUGCAAGAACUAAGAGGUCUGUGCCUCACACAAGACGACUUAAGAUAGAUCCCUUGGUACACACGGCAGUACAGCAGAUGGGUUUCAAGCGUGUAAAGCGGGGAUAUCGUCCCUUAAGUGUCGAUAAUCUCGUGCCAUCAUACGAUAGAAAAUUAAUUAAAGAGCAGGCAAGUCAGGAUCCAACGGAUCCAUACUUUCAAUACCAGUGGUAUCUUAAAAAUACUGGACAAAAUGGGGGAAAACCGAGACUCGACCUUAACGUAGAAGCAGCCUGGGCUCAGGGUGUUACGGGAAAAAAUGUUACGACUGCCAUUAUGGACGAUGGUGUCGAUUAUAUGCACCCGGAUAUAAAGUAUAAUUACAAUGCGGAAGCAUCGUAUGACUUUAGUAGCAAUGAUCCUUAUCCAUAUCCUAGAUACACAGAUGAUUGGUUCAAUAGCCACGGAACGAGAUGUGCUGGAGAAGUGGCUGCAGCACGUGACAAUGGAGUUUGCGGAGUCGGGGUAGCGUACGAUUCAAAAGUUGCUGGAAUUCGUAUGCUCGACCAGCCGUACAUGACCGAUUUGAUCGAAGCAAAUAGCAUGGGUCAUGAACCGGAUCUUAUUGAUAUUUACAGCGCCUCUUGGGGACCCACUGACGACGGAAAAACAGUCGAUGGCCCGAGAAAUGCAACUAUGCGAGCCAUCGUCCGUGGAGUUAAUGAAGGUCGGCGAGGAUUAGGAAAUAUUUAUGUGUGGGCUUCAGGUGACGGAGGUGAAGAAGAUGAUUGCAAUUGCGAUGGUUAUGCGGCGAGCAUGUGGACAGUUAGUAUUAAUAGUGCAAUAAACGUUGGCCAAAAUGCUCAUUAUGAUGAGAGCUGCUCGAGUACACUCGCAUCGACAUUCAGCAAUGGCGCUAAGGAUCCGAAUACUGGAGUGGCGACGACAGAUCUUUAUGGAAAAUGCACAACAACUCAUAGCGGGACGUCAGCAGCUGCGCCAGAAGCUGCUGGGGUAUUCGCGUUGGCACUUGAAGCAAAUCCUACGCUCACAUGGAGAGAUAUUCAGCACCUGACGGUGUUAACAUCUAAAAGGAACUCUCUUUUCGAUGCAAAAGGCCGAUUUCACUGGACUAUGAACGGUGUGGGGCUCGAAUUUAAUCAUUUAUUCGGUUACGGCGUCCUCGAUGCCGGCGCUAUGGUUGCUUUGGCUAAAAAAUGGCAGACAGUUCCUCCACGAUAUCAUUGUCAAGCUGGAUCUGUUUUGACUAAUUUGAAAGUGACGCAAGAUAAUUCAAUUCUGCUGAAAAUAAAAACAGACGCGUGUGCUGGCACUGAAUCGGCUGUCAACUAUCUUGAACAUGUACAGGCAGUAAUUACAGUAAAUGCUACUCGACGGGGUGAUUUAGAGCUCUUUCUAACUUCACCCAUGGCAACCAGAUCAAUGAUUUUAAGUAAAAGAAUAAAUGACGAUGACCAUCGAGAUGGAUUCACUAGGUGGCCAUUUAUGACCACACACACUUGGGGAGAAUAUCCGCAAGGAACAUGGAUUCUUGAGGUGAGGUUCAAUUCAGACACACCGCAGCACGGAUGGAUAAAGGAAUGGACGUUAAUGCUUCAUGGUACAAGUGAGCCACCCUAUACUGGACUACCCGUCGCCGAUCCACAUUCAAAACUAGCCGUCGUAAAGAAGGCUCAUGAAGAGCGUUCAAGUGCGAUGUAACGAUCCUUUCCAUUGCUAUAAUUACAUUCAAAAUUUAAAUGGUAGGAUUUUAAUUUCCGUACCGACACUGGCCCGAACCAAUACUCCAGAAAUGAUUAAACUCUAUCUAUAACUUGACGUUUUAUUAUUUUCAUUUACUUAUUUAUAAAUAUUAAUGUCUUCCUUGAAAUAUUUUAUCAACAAUAUGAAAGACGUGUGAUUAUAUUUGUACACUGUAAAAAAUUUCGGUGUAAAGUUGGACCCAGGGACUUUUACACCGCCGUGUAAGUGUGAAAUGUCGGUGUAAAAUUUCCUCCGUGUGAAAUUUUCACUCGUGUAAAUUUAACACGGUGUAAUUUACUGUUUUACACUAUUCCGUGUUAUUAUUUAUAACUUUGAAAAUUUAAUAACUAUUACUAGCAGCCUUGCAGUCUCUAUGUGACUGCCGUGACUUGUGAACUAUAAAUAAAUAAAAUUUUGGUUUCUUGAAUGAUGACUUUUGUUGAAUUGCACUGUACUUUUUUAACUAUUGACGUUUCUAAAGAUAUAAGC